UCUAAAACUGGCGCAGUUGUAGCAUUUAAAUCCUUCCGGGCUGAUCCUCUGACGCAGGUGUAAACAAAAACAUGAGGUGAAAGCUGAGCUUGUGUAACUUCGUGUUAUAAUAGAGCGGCCGGCUGAACACAAUUUUCGUCCUCUGUGUUUUCGUGUUUAUUCGGGAGCAUAUUCACCCUCUGUGCUCAUCCUCCGCCAUGUUGUUCCUCCGGACCGCGGCUCUCAGCUGCAGAGGUCUGACCGCUCGACGCAGCCUGCUCGCCGGCUACACCGCCUCCAGAACCACCGCUGCAUAUAUCCAGGGCCAGAGUCCGGAACCACGGAUCCGAGAAUACUUCUACUACAUUGACCACCAAGGCCAGCUUUUCCUCGAUGAUACGAAAAUGAAGAACUUUGUCACCUGUUUCAAAGAUAAAAAGUUCCUGGUCUUCUUCUUCAGUCGGCUGCGGUCAAAUCAGACGGGUCGUUACGAGGAGGACUUCCCUUACAUGUCCCUGUGUGGAAGGGAGAGGAACUUCCUGCGCUGUGAUGACCGUCCUGUGGUCUUCACCCACCUGCUGCAGAGCCCCGCAGGAUCUCUGGAAGCUAUGAGAGAUCAGGAAUUGCUGUCUUACUGUGGCGGGGGAGAGAAGCUGUCUGUUCUGUUCCGCCCUGAAGCACUGUACAUGCAUCCAGUCAGCGGGCGGGUUUACCACCCCUGCCCAGAGCAGGGAGGUGGUGUUGGCCUGGUGCGGUCGGCUCUGGCCAUCGAGCUCAGCCCGUUUUUUGUGUAUGCUCAGGAGGACAGCCAAUCAGGGCAGCCUACACACUUUCUCUGGGGGGAACAGAAGCACAGACUGACCAAUGAGCUUGCAGGAUUCCUCCCCACUUUGGAGGGGGGCAGCGGGCAGCAGGGAGAACUCCUAUAAUGACCACAGCUGGUCAGAGGUGUACCAUAGAGUUUGAAAAGCUUUCGUAUGGCAUGUCUAGAUAAUCUAUCAGUGUCUAUACUGACAAUGAGAGAAGACAGCCAGUUUGUCACAGAUGUGAUCACAAUGUGACUGUUGGAGUUUGAAUUCUUGGCAGAGGUCCCACAAUCCUAAUUUAUGUGAUAUGCGAGAAGUGGACUUUUGAAUUCACUGAUGAUGUAGAGUGUUUGAUUUGCUAAACAAACAAAGCAGUGUCUGCUUACAAACCCCUCAUUAAAAGGUUGUGGUUUAAACACA